AUGGAAACCACCAAGCCACCGCUGGAUCAGAUACAAACUCAUGCGACCCAAGUGCUGGACUACAGGUUGAACAUCGACGCAGAGUACCAGGGGUGGAUCCUGAUAUUCACCACCAUUACCUGCGCCUGGCUCUUCUGCCUUCCCUGCUACUGCGCCGGCAUGUCCUCGCCAAGUGCAAGGAAGAUGGCAUCCUGGAUGUCGCAGCGGUUGCCGUACUUCUACACCUUCAUGACUCUCUUUAACGUCUUGCUGAUGUACCUGGUGAUUCAGUGGCUUCCGGACUGGACAUUCGCGCAGUACGUAGCUGUACUGGCUAAGUCUGCUGGCUGGGCCUUUGGCCAUGUGCUGAAAUGGGCCACCUCCUUGGCGAUGAUCAUCGCCUUCGGCGUCGUGGUGGCCUUCAAGGAGAGGAUCGCGCUCAUGCUGGGUCUCGACCACAAGCAGCUCUUCAACUGCAAGGCAAAGGACUGCUUGAACUGCUGGAGCACCGCUCGCUUCAAACCCAUCGAGUUGCUGAUCUGGAAAGUCGAAGACUUGGCAUCCAGCGACCUUUUCCAUGCCAACCAUGUCUUCGUGGAGGCCUACAUGGGCUACAACGAGACAAUGCGCACUCGGGUGCACAACAAUGCCGGAAGCGAUUGCAUUCUGAAGGAGUCAAUGCAACUCAACUUUGAUGAGGACGACGACGAGGAGAAGCUUUUCCUUUUUGUCCAGAAUCAGAAGGUCAUGGGUGCGCAGGAGCUGGCACGAGUGGAGAUUUCCUCUACAGCCGUGAAGAAGCUGUUGAAGGACAGUGACAAGCUGAAAGGUCCUCAACAAAUUCUCCAGUGGGAUUCCAACUGCUUCCCCACGAGCUUCCCGCUCAUCCCGAGAGGGCAGAUCUGGAUCACUGCUGUGCCGGUGGAAGAUGAGUACCAUGGAUACGCCGAACUGACUGGGUGCUAG